AUGGCUUCACCAGAAAGAAAGAGCCAAACAUUCUUACAGAUUUCACGUAAGAGACUAAAGAGGCAGUGUCAUUCUAGUUAUCAUCAUCUCGAUCAUGCUAACACUAGUUUUACUCACGUUGAUCAUAGUGUUGAUCUUCCUGAUGAUGUUCUUGAUAUGAUUUUCUCUUUCUUGCCUAUCAAAAAAGCCAUGCAGAUUGGAAUUCUAUCGACGAGAUUCAAGAAUUCUUGGAACUUCAAUCGUAGAUUAGACUUUGAUAAUGAUUUUUCAAGGGGUCGUAGUCCUGAUGAUUUUAAAUCUAUCGUUAAUAAGGUUUUUGAUCGCCAUGCAGGGUCGAGAAUCUUAAGUUUUCGAUUAUGUUUUGAUCCAAACAAAGAAGAAUUAUUGGUCGAGAAGUGGAUCAGGAAAUCCAUUGAAAAGGGUGUUGAAGAACUCAAUUUGGAACUUUAUCAAAGCGGAAAUGUUCUUGAAGGAAGAUGGCCUUUUAAACUCAAUUCUGAUGUUUAUGAAGCUAAGUCCUUGAAGAUUUUGAAGCUUAGUUUGUGUCAACUUGAUCUUCCACCAAAGUUGAAAGGUCUGCAUGUUUUGAACACUCUUGUUCUUAGAAAGAUCAUUAUAACCCCGACAUUGAUAGAUAAUUUAUUUCAGAAUUGCUUCUUCCUAGAGAUUCUAGAUUUAGCACACUGUCAUGGGAUUUUUCAUUUGAAAAUCUUUGCCCAAAAGACGUUUAAGGUGUUAAAGGUCGGAGAUUGCCAGGAGAUUCUGAGGAUUUACAUUGAUGCACCAAAUCUACGUUCAUUCCACUACUGUGGACAUGUUUGCUUUAUCAAAUUUAACAUCGUCCCUCAAUUGAAAGAUGUGAUGCUCAGUUUCAGACCUUCAAAAGGCUUUACAGAGACUUUUCGAGUGAGAAAUCUUGUCUAUGAUCUCCACCCUAUUCAAGUUCUCACCACUACUAGUACUUUUCUUGAGGGCCUAUCUCCAAAGUUUAUUGGAGGAAAACUGAGAGAGAUGCAAUUCUUCUUUGGGAAUUUGAAAGAAUUUCAUUUGAUCAUGGAAGGUGCAAUUUACUGUAAUCCUCAUGAUAUUAUUUCUUUCCUGAAGCAUUGCCCUAGCCUGGAGAAGAUAUUCAUCGAUCUCAAAGAUUUUUGCUUCGUACGUGGGCCGUAUUGGGAAUUGCAUAAUCGACAAUCUUUCCAGAAAUACAGCGCAUCCUUCGACUGCCUCAAGUUCAUUAAACUGCCAGGAUUUAAGUUUCAGAAAGAUGAACUAAUGCUGGUGAAGUUUUUCCUGGAGAGGGCAAUUUUCCUGGAGAAACUAGUGCUGGUCACUCCCAAAUCUAGACAUGCCAGAGUUCCUAAACCAAAUUUACAUGCGUAUUAUCAGUAUCUCCAGUCUUGGAAAGCAUCUCCAGGAGCCCAAAUAGCUGUGUUUGAGCACUUGAAUGACACUUCUGUUUGUCCAAUGCACUCAAAGACCUGGUACUAG